AUUUUUUGUAGUAGGCAGGUAAGUAACCUGGUAACUACAAGACUACAAGACCGCGACACACGCGCCGGCCUAACUUAACCUUAAACACCUAGCACCAAAACCCAACAUUGAAUGAGAUGACAUCUUCAUGAUCCAUGAUCUCUUCGGCGCAUCCCUCUAUCUACUCUUUUCAAGUACAACAAUUACAACGUAAAGCUUAAAACAUAUUCCCCUCUUAGCUCCCCGUCUCUCUCAACGAUAUUCUCCAGCAUACAUAGUAGACGAAUACGGCAACCCUUUACUUCGUUUGCACUUUAUAAAUUUCCACUUUUUUUUUCUUUUCCGAGCAAAGCUACCUUCAGUCCCUGACGAUAAUUCGGAACAUCUUCUCUCAUCGCACAGAUAAUCAAUUACCUACAUACGAACGCGCCCAGCUACUCAAUCGUGAUUACAAACCUCCUUUUCUUGUUGACAAGAAUCAUACAAGAAAUGUGCAUACUUUCAUAAAUUUACCAUUCAUUCCCAUACCCUUUCCCGUCGCAAGCUAUGGCUACAGACUGGAACAAACUCAAGGUCGUUGACCUAAAGGCCGAGCUUAAGCGCCUCGGCCUGCCUCAGAAUGGCCUCAAAGCUGACCUAGUAGCACGUUUGACAGCUGCGGAAUCUGAAAAGGAGGCUUCUCCCUCCCCUGACGAAGCUGUCGAGAAUACUGAGGAUGUGAACGGCGAGCCACAACCCGACCACGAAUCGCCUCAGGCACCUGAAGUCGCGGAACCAACACCCCCAAAUGAAUCCCCUAAGCAAGCUGAAGUCGGAAACGAAGCCGUGCAGGCAGAAUGGGAAACUCCUGCAGCUGUACCUACAGCCGAGGCUCAGUCUAUCACGGCUCCGUCGUCCUCUGGCGCAACCCCUUUACGAGCGACCGAGGUUUUACAGGAUUCGCAGAAACGAAAGCGAAGAUCGUUGAGUCCCGCCCCCUCUACUCACGAGGUUACACAUAAACGAGCUAGACAAGAAGAUUGCGAUAGCCAAAAAGGCCAAGUUGUGGAUUCGAUCCCGGAGAAUGUCGACGAGGCAACACCUCGAAAGGAAGAUACCUCUGUUCCUUCAGACGUCGAGAUGCAAGGCGCUAAGGAUGACGCGCCAAUCGAGCCCGAGCCCGAGCCUGAACGCGAUGAUGGCAUCGCCCAACCUAGUCCUACGGAUAAUGCUCCCUUAGCUGCUCAGAACGGACACCCUGAAGACAUCACGAUGAAUAAUGCCGAACCAACCUUCGAGGAACGUCACGAGGACACGCGCCCCCGAGAAGAAACUUACAACGCGUAUCCAGCCGAGAUAGAACGCGAUGUCGCGCCGUCCAUUCACCCAGCCACGUGUGCACUUUACAUUAAGGACUUCAUGAGACCCCUUCGAGCGCAGGCGGUUCAGGAUCAUUUACUAGGCCUCGCCACACCGGUAGGCGCUCCCAUUGAAGAUGGUACAAUCGUUGAUUUCUACAUUGACAACAUCCGAACACACGCGUUUGUGGUGUUUAAUAGUAUAUCGUCUGCCUCAAGAGUACGCACUGCGCUUCACAACCGUGUCUGGCCUGACGAGACCAACCGCAAGGCUUUGUGGGUCGACUUCAUGCCGUCAGAGCGCUUCGAGGAAUGGGUUGAUAUGGAGCAGACAUCUUCCGGAGGACGUGGUUCGACAAAUCGUUAUGAGGUUGUCUACCGUACCGAUGAGGAUAAUAAUGUAAUUGCCAAGCUCGAAGAAUUCGACAGCACGGGGCCUGCGCCAAAGCAAGCGCUUAUUGCACCUGAGCCGCCGCCUGAGCGUAAGCAGUCUAUUCCCACUGGGCCGUCCCGACCAUUCGCCGGCAUCGAAGGCGCACCUACGGGGCCGCGCGGGUUCACUGGAGGUCGUGGCGGCGCGGCGAUGCAUCCUAACAGGAUGGCACGACUGGAUGACGCCGGACAGCCAACUCGUGCCUUUCCUACCAUCACGUACCAGCCUGUCUCGGACGAGUUAGUGAGACGACGACUUGACACAAUCUCGGCAGCGAAGACUAAGAAUUUAGACGGAGACUUCGGCAAAGAUUACAAGCGUUACUAUUUCGAGAAUGGUGAUACACUCGUUGACAGAGGCCCGGAGAUCUUCUUAGGUAUCCGCCCGCCCCAUCGGGAACGUGAGCGCCAGCAUAACCAGCGUGAUCAGAGAGACCAGAGACGCGAUCCACCACGUCCUCGCCGAGGUGGUCAAGGUGGUCGACGUCGUGGUGGUAUGCCGAUCUUCCACGGCGUUCCUCGAGGUGGCGAUCGAUUCCGUCCUGGAGAUUCUUCCGGAUCAGGUGCCAACGGCCGCCCUCGAUUUUCAGACGACCGACCAAGUCGCCGCUACAGAGAUGAUCGCGGAAGUCGAAGGGAUAGAGAUCGAUACUAACACACUAAUUACCUCUACAGGUGUCUAGAGACAGCAACACCAAGCCAAAGUUAAGUGAUAUUGCUGUAAGGCAUUCUGGAACCAACUGUAUAUGAACGAAUUGAACGUACAGUGCGCGGUCCCCAUUUUCCCGCGCCCAAUUCGCAAACGCAAUCAAUCAAAAGUUUAGGGGCAUUCUUUUUUUCGGAGCAUAAAGAGACGCAUAGGAACGAACAACAGCAUUUCGCAGGACAGACAUAGGACGCAUUGUAUGGAAAGGAUACCCGGUCCGAAGGGGAGGAGACGGUGGCAAGGCAAGCCCGAUUUUACGAGACGAAGAGGGCGACACGAGACGGCUUUUUGCAAGACAAAUCUGACAUGACGCCUCACUAAUUAGGUACCUAGUAGGCUAUUGCAAGACAAGUGUGCUAAUAAUUGAUGAUUCUUAUACCGAGA